UUCUUGCCACCUCUCUGCUAUCAGCGAUAGUAUUCGAUAGGCAUCGAUUUUAUUUCCAGCUCUAACAGAACUGCGUUUUUUUCCCGUGUUUUCGUGUUUCUCGUGUUUUAGGGCCAGAAGUUCUUGUGCGAAUGAACAUGUAAAGCCAAACCGAUUUGUGCGGUGGAUCGGGGACUAUAGAUUCGAGCUGUGCGAGGGCUUUAAAGCGAAUUGACGGCGUCGUGCAAGGCAUCGAAAACCGAAAACCUUCGAAGCACUCGUUCUUCGUGUGUGAGUCAGCGGCUCUCUCUUUCUCAGCGGCGGCGGCGUUCUGUGACGUCAGAAGCAGCGACGUCCUUCGCUGGCAGACGCACACACAUACACACACUCACACGCACGCACGCUCACUGACAGACACAAUACCACACUUAGAGAAACUCCCACCAAGAGAACCCUCCCCCUCAGCAGCAACAACAACUAGAACGACAACAGCUUCGCGAGCAGCAGCAGCAACAAAUUAAAGAGAGAGCGCAUUUAUAUUCCUUUGUGGCAACGCGAGUGUACAUGUGUGUGUGUGUUUCGAGGCAGCCGCACAACUACAACUGCAACUACAACUGCAACUGCAACAACUAAGCACAGCAACAUAUAGCAACAAAAAUGGAACAGCCGAGCAUUCUCGUCAAAAUCCUGCACUCGAUUCCGCACGUGAAUUACACAUUCCGUCGGGUUAACGACACCUUCAAUCCGGACAGCGAUGUUUACCUCGAGAGUCUGGUCAUCCUGGCAUCCAUUCCCGCUGGUCUGCUGAUCGGCUCCCUGCUGGGCCUGCUGCUCUACCUGCUGACCAGAUGCUGCGAUCGCCGCCAGAGGAAGCCGAGCGCCCAGCGCUGCCAGAGCUGCUCCUUGGUCAUCAUCACGCUGAUGACCUGCGCCGCCAUCGGAUUAGGCUUGUACGGCAACGAUGAUUUCCAUAAUGGACUUCUGCAGGCCUUUGGAUCCGGGAAGAGCGUCGAGGGUCUGGUGCUCACCCUGAAACGACAGACGGAGAGCAUCAAGCACGACCUGGAGACGCGAAUGGCUGGGCACAAGGUGGAGCAGCUGGUGGAGAAGCCGCAAUAUAACCAGACGGUGGUCAUGCUGCUCAUUGAGACGUCGCGCCUGGUCACGGAGAACACUUCGCGGGCGGUGGCUUCGCUGGACAGCAUGGUUCACUACUUUAUGAAGGCCAAGGGCAGCGAGAACGACACCUCGCUAAUGGGAUUGCUUCAGCUCGGUGAGUUCUACGAAUCCAUUCGCUGGCCAGCCACCCUGGCCUUUCUCACUGUUCUCCUGCUGCUAUGUACGGUUUUGGUGAUCGGCGUGGCCAGGCGAUCCCGCUGCACCUUGAUCUUCUUCAGCGUCUCGGGUCUGUUCUGCAUCAUCAUCUGCUGGCUGCUAGCUGGCGUUUAUCUGGCCUCCAGUGUGGCUGCCGGAGAUUUCUGCAUGCGACCCCACGACUAUAUGUGCCGUCAGGUGGGCAUGAGGAGUCCCUAUGUUGAUUUCCUAAACUGCGGCACACCGCGCAAUCGCUUUAUCCUGCGGCUGAACGAAUCCCGGGACCUGGUGGAUCGGGCCAGGGAAAGUGUGGAGCAUAUGCAGCGCAUGAGUCAGGAGACAUAUCCACACAUCGACAUCCAGCGCACUCUGAACGCCAUGGACAAUGAUCUAGAGAUCACCCUGCGCAACCUGACGACGCUGUCGGCCACCUUGGAUCGCCGCACGAUCGACAUGCACUACGAGGAGGCACUGCGCGGACUUUGCGGCGGCGGGCUACUGGGACUCAGUCUGAUGAUGGUGGCUGGUCUGCUGACCUCCUUCCUGCUGACGAUCCUCGUGUACGCCGACUCCCACGCCUGGAUCUAUCUGACCAAGCGGCCUACGCUGGACGCGGACAAAUCGGAGACAGCGCCUCUAUUUCCCGCCUCGAACGCGCCGAGCGCGAGCAUCUCGCCCACAGCUCCGCUCAGCACGGGGACGAUCAACAGGACGUUGCUCCACCACCAGCAGGCGUCGUCGGGCGGCGGCUCGGGUACCUUGCCGGGAUCUGGAGGAGGCGCAGGGGCUGGCGGAGGCGUUGGCGCCAAUGGACACAAUGGCGUGGGACCGUACCGCAACGGAUCGGCGGGCCUGAGACAAGGGUUGGCAUCACCUUCAUCUCAAUCAAGCCACACCUCAUCCACCGCUACUUACAACAACGGCACCACCAGUUACCACAACAGCCACCAACCACACAACAACCACCUGUACAGCAACCACUACAGCCACAGCAACAACCACUACAACAACACACAGCAUAGAACUAACCCUGCGGCGGGGGCGGUAGCAGCGGCGGUGGGCGUGGCCAGCAGUGGCCAACGAUCGCCGUCGCCGCCGCCUGUCUACGAUUUGGUGCAUGGCACAAGGUCAGGACACCACACGCUAGGACGCCUUCCAUCGCACCACCAGCAAUCGGCGACGUAUUUGCCCGGACCCAACAAUGGAAAGUACGCGACGCUCAGCAAGCAGUGUAAGACGCUCGAGUCCAACGACUUCUACUGAGAUUCGCUUGCCUGCAGUUCCCAUGCAGGCAGUAGCAGCAACACAGCACAGCAGCAGCAGCAGAACUUGCAGCUCCAGCAGCAGCAGCAGCAGAGCAACCUCAUCAAUCAGAACCAAAGCCAGAGCACGCUAAAGAACAUCUUUGCGUCGGCCACCCUGCCCCGCUCGACGGGCAGCUCCAUCCGGUCGGUGCUCUCCGUUCAAACCUCCAAUGCCGGCAUUUGCCGCUCCACGGGCAACGGAUUGGACGGCGACAUGGUGGACGAUCGCGAUCCUAGGGAUGUGACCAACAACAGCUUCAAUCGUUUUGACCCCAAGUACAUAAGCAUUGGCCCCAAGGCGGUGAGGGGUCAGAAUAAUAAUCUAAAUAUUAUGUCCGUCGCCGGCGGUGCCAACAAGUGUGCCACCUUGCGGCAUGUGGGUCGCUAUGGUGGCUCGCUCAAGGGCGUGUCCGCCGUCAAUGCCACGCCCUCGACCGCCGCCGCCCCAGCUGUCCAUUCCCCAAACUUGAGGAGCGCCAAGACGCCGUCGAUAGCCACCGUUUCAAAGGAUUAUUGCCAGCAGCCGGACUGCAUUCCUCAGGAGUUCCUUCUCCAGCAGCAGCAGCAACAACAGCUGCAGCAGCAACAACAACAGCAGCAACUGCAGCAGCAGCUUCAGCAGCAACAGCUGCAACUCCAACAACAGCAGCAACAGCAGAUGGUGCCACCCGCUCCGCCACAACCGGCGCCUCCGCCUCCACCCAAACCAAAGAUAGUCAAUACGUUUACGGAAAUUCCCGGCACCACGGGCGUGGGCAGCUCGUAUGCCAAGGAGCAGCAACAACAGCAGCAACUGUUGGCCCUGCAGCAGCAGCAACAACAGCAGCUGCUCGCCCUCCAGCAGCAGCGCGAGCGGGAGCUGCAGCAACAGCAACAGCAGCAGCAUCAAAGGGAGUUGCAUCCACCGACCACCCACAUUCUACCCCCUUCGGCUGUCUACAGCAUCGAGAGUAGUGAGGUGCUGCCCACAGCCGCACCGCGUGCGCAGCAGCGCUCGCUAAAUCCCGCCUCCAUUGUGAACCAACCGCUGCCCGAGAUUCCCACCAAUCAACAACAGUCAAAGAUCUCCGCUCAGCCGCUUUGCGCCGCCAGCUUGGGGCAGUAUCGCUCGCUGCAGCGUCCUCAAACCCAGAAAUUGCAACCGGCUGCCAUCUCCUCGCCGCAGCAGCCACCAACACUGCCGCCCAAGAACCGGCACAAAAACAGUAAUCGCGGUGGAGCCAUCGACAGCAGCAAUGCCAAUCAUAUGCAAACCUUGCCGCCUAAGUCAGCCAGCUUGAGACAACAACAGCAGCAGCAGCAGCAGGAGCGCGAAAGGGAGCGAGAACGGGAGCGGGAGCGUCCGCGGAGGGCGGAGACCUUGGACAAUGCCCGCAGCUACAUAGAACAGCAGCAACAGUAUCCCAGCCAUCUGAUAACCAGCAGCAACAUGAAGAAGCAACACUCCUAUGACAGCAGCUACCAUCAGCAACAGCAGCAACAGCAGCAGCAGGCAUUUUAUCAAAGGCAGCACAACAACAACUUCUCAUCGAAGCAGCAGCAACAGCUAAUGCUGGAGCAGCAGCAGCAGCAACAGCAGGCGCUGUUUUACAGAUCCCUGAAACGGGGAGAACGCGUAGCUACUGCCAGCGGAGGCGUUACUGGCGGUGGAGCCGCCAUAAGCAACCAGAGCGAUCUGUACUCGGUGACGGAGUUGUAGGAGUGCGCCUGCUGCGGCGGCGGUGUGGAUGUGGUGCGCCGAGGCGCAUCAUCCACAUCGCUGCACGCGGCGGCGGCUACACAAACUCAGACCCAUACCCAAAACCAGACGCAAUCGCAGAACCAGGCGCCUGUUCCCCUGCCACCGAAGAAGCAUCGCCAGCGAGAGAGGGAGCGCAACCUAGAGCGGGAGCAGCAGGCGCCCUGCAACGCCAAUCUGUGUGAGGAGCACGAGUACGAUGAGUUCUACCCCCAGGCCUAUGAAAUGCAUGCGGUUGCAGGAGGAACUGGCGGCCCGACGGGUGGAGGAGCGGCAGCUACUAGCUCUGCCUCCAAGCACGGCAAGCAAAGUCAGCAAAGAGCAGCCACUUUCGAUGUGGCCGAUGCCAGGGACUACGAAUUGAAGCGUUUGGGCAACCGCAGAUCGCAGCAGCAGGCGGCUCCAAGCAAAAGAAACGGAGGAGCAGGUGCACCGAUUGUCAGUCAGGAUCACCACCGCACACACGAUCGCGAGCGGUCGCGGAGCGAUCACCGCAUUGCCAGCUAUGCCUGCGAAGAGGUCAACUCCUCAGCGCUCUGCAGCGCCGGCUCCAUGAGCUCCAUGCUGCAGCCCGCCAAUGGAACUGGUCACAGGAGCAGCAGUCACCAGCACCAGCGGGAUCACCAUACGCGGGAUCAGCAGCAACAGCAGCAACAACAGCAACAGCGGGAGCGACGCGAGAAGACCUUUAAGGUAUGAUUUUUAGAGACGUCAUAAGAAUUGUCCAAUCCGCGCCAGGACACCAGAAACGGCAGCUCCCGGCGGCGGACGCGUUGAGGGGUAAAUGGAAAGCUAACGUGGCGGAUUCUACAGCGAUUACGAGACGGUGAACCCCCAGUUGAGCAAAAGGAGCGGCACCAUUGUUGGAGCAUUGGUAUCCGGAGAUCCCAGCCUGUUUUAUGUUUAGCCUAAGUCGCGUCUUUACUCUAUGUCUAUCUCUAUCUCUGUCCAUGUCCAUGUCCACCAGCGUUCUCUCCCUUUCACUUGCGUGCGCAAACGACUCACACACACAUGUAUAUAUACAAGUUUAUAUGUACACCCAGAUUGUAUUGUAAAAAACCGACCUCUUCUGAUUGUUUCAAGUUGUAAAGCUGCUUGAAAGGGGCUGCAGUGUCAAAGGUAGCGGUCGAAACAAAAGCCGCUGCUGUGCAUAAAGCCAUGUACACCCAACCUACAACAGUUCUCUGCCCUGUGUUGUUGCCUAUUGUUAUAUAAAUAGUAGAAAACUACGAUUAACUUUUUUGUGACCACUAUUCAUACGUGUAUAUUUUAAAAAAGCCUAAUUUAAGUGGAAUUUAGUUCUAAGCGCAAAACUAUUUAUUUACGGCAGUUCGUAAGCCUCGACCCCAAAAAUAAUAACCAAAACGGUGGAAAAGCGAAGACGCAGUCGGCGAAAGGUGACUAGGUGCUCCUGAACAUUUCCAAACGAGUUUUCGUUCAAAUAUUCCCGAGAAUCUAAGUCCGUCUUUGUCUCAGCUUAUCGCUGUUUGAGGAGUUUUUAAUUUUUAAAUGGAGUGUGUGUGUUAUUUUUAAUUUAUUAACCUUUUUUUUUUUGUAUAAGCGAUUUAUGCUGAUUUUUUUUGUUUGAGAAUCCGUUGCGAGAACCACAACAACAACCACAGCGACACGUACGUAAAAUUUUUGUGACGUCAGAAAUCUAAAAAACGAAAACCAAGUAUGAAGAACCAGAAGCAACACUGCACAAAAGAAAAGAACAAGAAAAAACGAAAACGAAACAAAUUUCACAAAAGAAAACAUAAUAUUCAUUAAAAGGUUUAACACUUAAAAGAAGCAAAAGCCAACAAGAAAGGAAAAUUCUUAACUCAAGCAAUAUAAAAGAAAACGAUAACAAAAAACGAAAAGAAGCCAUACCAAGUUGUUCGACUAUUUUAAAAGGGAUUCAGCAAAGCAAAAUAAUAAACAAGAAAACAUUUACACAUAAAAUACAUAAAAUACCUACAUGUUUAUUAUAGAGCAAGCAUAAGGAAUAUAAAUUAAUCUACAACAACCACAAACAAUGUUCAGGUCAAUAACUGCAUUUAAAAGGAGAAACCAAAAGAAGGAAACCCUUAUUAGGCGUUAAAUUAACGAAAUGCUCUUUUUAUAUACAACUAUAUAACAUGCAAAUAUAUAUAUACAUACAUAUAUACAUUAAACGAAUUGCAAAUACCCAAACACAGACAAACUAAAACACAAAAUAAAGGAACAACUCACCAAAGUUGUUGGCACAGCGGAAAACACACAAACAUUUUAUACAAAACUAACAUAGUUAUACCACACAAAAUAUAAGACACGGAUCAGUUGUGGAAGAAAUAAUUGUAGUGCCAUUAGAGAUUGGAAAAUUGAAUAAAAUUUUAUUGUAAUUAUAAAA